UUUCGCAGCGAAAUUCGUCAGUCGAUUUACCGUUCCGCGAUACAUUCCUCGCACGUACACGCCGGGGAAACGCGUAACUCGAUCGGAACACGAUGUUCCGCGCAAGUUUGCGUCCGUACCCGGCAACCGUCGUUGUCUGCUGAAUUUCCCUCUUAUUGGCGUUGGUGGAUAAGCUAAAAACACCUAACCGAACCAGAGACGUCGGAUAGACACGUAGAAAGCGAGAGGACAGGUUAGACGAGGAACAGCGGCGAGAGGGUGAAGGGGUGGCGAGAACGGGUGGUGUGAUAAGGCCAGCGUGUACGACCGAUGCGUGUGAAAUACCGCAAGAUUCUUCGAAGGUUCCACGAGUUUGCUUUUACCUACAGACGACGAACUGGAAGGAAGUUAAAACCACAUUCGAGUGAAUCUAAAUAAAGAACUAUGCAGAGCACUGGAUGAGCAGUGGGGCGGAGCUGGCUGCGAGAGGGAAUAUGCGGUGAGUAAGAAUGGUACAGCGGGCCGCAUGCAGCAUCGAGCCGAGCACAUUCUCCAAUGGCGUACGGAUCAGCGACCGGGAAGGAAGAACGUCGGACGUGGUCGCGACGGAAGCGUCCGUAGAUCACGAAGCGCGUAACGUUCACGAGGGAGGACGCGGUAACGCGAGGUUCUCCCUGUUCAAGUGGUUCAAACGGUCCGGGAAUCGGGAGUCGACGGUGGACAAACGACGAAAGACCAUCGAGAAAUACGAGGAGAAUGAUAAUGGACGACAACGAAGCGUCUCGUCCAGCGUGGAGAGCGUAGACACGUUUUACAGCACCACCACCGUUCGCAGUUUCGCCUUUCACGCUGGCACUCUGGGCAGGUGCAAUGGAUUAUCGUUAGAUAUACUGAAACAGGCGGCCGAAGUUGGCCCGUUCGCGGCUGGAGCUUCGAAGGUUACAGUUGGUAACAAAGAGAACGAAUUAGCGGACGUUGCCUGCACGUUGCCCACGAACGCUCACUCCCACAGAAGAGACAUCACCGCGAGAUACUCGCUGCAACCAUCCACUACAUUCAACUCCUGCGGAAAUCUGCCGCUUCCCGAUCGGCGAUUGAUAGAGUCGUUGAAAAGGCUAGACGACCGGAAAGCUCAUUACAGCGUGAAUUCUACCCGUAGAAGGGUGCACGUGAAAGGGAAACGGCGAGCACCGAAUCCUCCCGUUACCGCGAUCAAAGCAACAGAGGUAGAUGCCCGCGAAACACCGAGGAACAGCAGCAGGCGAAAGCGACGCGCGCCGAAGCCGCCAGAAAAGGUGGUCGAGGGUAAUUCGUGUGAGAAAAAGCGCGAGGAUCAGGUUACCGAUGGCGGAAUGGACGUAGAAACCAGACCAGACACCGAAGACGUGCAAACUCUCAGCAACGACACGCUGGUCCUACAAGGGGGCGUUCUAUUGCCGAAAAGAGAGCCGAAGCGAAACACGAAGGAGAAGAACGCGAGGGACACGAGUGCCGGCUCGUCGGACAUCGCCAUUCUUCAGGACAACCCGUCUGUGUCGUCUAGCAUUGGAACUCUGAGCACAGCCAUGCCACGACCUUGGUACAAACGGAGCGUCUUCGAACAUUCUCGGGAUUCCGGAGGGUCCAGGAGGGGCGAUGUCCUCCGUGGGCCAACAAGCUCCUCGAUCGAAAUAAAAGAAGAAUGCGCAGCCACGAACACGGCCUCCUCUACGAGUUACUCCGUGGACGCCUCUUUGUCCCGGCUCAGCUUCUUCCAUCGUGGCGGAGGCCAAGCGGAGGACAGAAAGAGGGAAGCGAAACGAAGAUCCGGUCUAUCGAUUCUAACAAACAUCAGCGAACUCGACAAAGAAGCCGCGGCGAUCGUGCAGGAGGAACAGGCACGAGCUAGGGCCUCGAUGCUGCUCAAGUCUUCCAGAUUCGUCGACGCGUUCGAAAAGAGGAACGAGAUGAACGAGGAACUCGUCCAGGACAUCGUCACGUCUGCGAUGGAGAGCUCGUCGCCCAGACGUGGCACGCGAGCAUUGAUCUCCAAGUUCAACGCCAUCAGCAACAUCACCAAGGUCACGGUGAACGCGAAUUUCUUCGCGAGGAACGCCAGGGAUCAGCAGACGUCGAAAUUCGAACGGGACGUGGUGAGGAACGCGAAAGCUUUCGAGCAUGCCAACGAUUGGAAGGAUCAUCCGAGAUUUUCCGUUCAGUCUGCCAGUGGACAAACCAGUCACAUCGAGAAAGACAUUUCUAGAUACUUUCCGCCGCAGCAAAAGGCAUCUAGAAGCCGAUCGGAGAAUACGGAAAUGGCUGCUAAAGCCUCGGCAGCCAGGGUUGGCUUGGCGAAAGAGCAAAACGAUCGGUUGGCCAGCGAAACUUCCAAUCGAAUAUCGUUCCUGCAAAGCCAACUGGCAGCGAAUCGAAUGAACGAUCAGAUUCAUCAGAAGGAUGGAGCCGCUGCUGCGAUGGAGGAAAAAAUUCGAUUCAAACCGGAAGUACACGGUGACAGGAAGGAAAGGGAGACAAAAGGGAGCAACGACGAUCACCGGAGACACUUGUUCGCUCGUAGUUGCGCGGAUGGAAAGGAGCACGGUGCGUCGAAUAUCUUUGAGGAGCCGAAGAAGUUGGACAAGCAACGAUUCGACGGCGUUCAGAAAGAAUUCUCGGAUAUAUUCGACGAGAUCGACAAGCAGUUGCGUAUGAAAGAGUUGAAAUUUAUCGAUCGCAGGGCGGCCCGCACGAACGCGACAGCCACUAAUCAGAGAGGUAAAGUUCACGAGGAGGAGGCCGGAAUAUCAAGUAAGGUAACUAAAGUGCUCGAUAUCCUAGUGGAGGCGGAGAAAGACGCUAAGACAAAGAGCGGGCUACUGCCGGAAAAAUCGAUACCCGUCGAGGAUACCUCUCGACCGGCCGAUCCGAAUGCGAAAACGAAAUCGGGUAAGGCCAAGUCGCCGUUAUUGAACACCAUCGAGGAUCCAAUUACAACGGAUUUAAAGGAGAUGUUGAAGGAAAUGAAACACUCGUUACCAAAGCGUUCGAAGCCUGGCAAGAUUGUGACACGUAACACCGACGUGACGGAGAAACCAGCUGCAACGAAAGAGACUGCGACUGGCCCUGGCAAGACUACGUAUUUCGUUUCCGCGGUGACGAAAGUCGAGAAUAUCGCGCUGAAAAACGAUUACGACCUGGACAAACAGAAGGUGUCGUGUUCGGUACAAACGAGUGGAAAUAUACGGAAAUUGAAUCAGCCCUGUACAUCCGUGGACCAGCCAUCCACCUCGGGAUGGAAGCAAGAGAACGUCGUCUAUAAAACGUCCGGAAAAAAUCUAGGUGGCUCCGGAUUGGUGAAAAAUACGUUCCAGCUGAUACGACCGCGGGAUUUUGCUGAAAUCGAGGCAACAAAAACGACGAGAACCGGGUUCAGCGAAAACACUUACGCCAAUGUGAUCGAACAAUCAAUCUACGCGAACGCACAUGUUCCUCCCUCGCCGAAAGAACGCGCCAAUUCCACGCGAAAUAACGUUGCAAAAACCGAUCGUGCCGACGAGAUAACGAAAGUACCUACGACAAAUGAACAAAAGCUCACUGUCAAAGAUGACACGUUCGAAGAUAGCGAAGAAGAUGACAAUUCAGCGGGUAAAAAUAUGAAUACGCUGGCCAUAAACCGAUUACUCAGAAAGUUAGAAGCGGCAAUUGCAUCUGGCCACCAUCAACAAGCGGCCGGUUUAGCAAAGGAGCUAGCACGGCUUAAGAUCCAUUGUUCCGUGAUUCGACAACGAUCAGCCCGUCUCAAAGAUCAGUUGAUUAAAGUCAAUAUGUACAUUGAAGACAAGCUUGCCCACCAGGGACCGAUACCACUUCAGCUGCCGAGCAGGAUGACGGUGGCGGAGCUGAAAGCAAAGAUACACACGGAAUUCGAAAUCCCGACGAACGUGCAGCGAUGGAUCAUCGGUAAAAAUCUGGCAGAUCGCGAUGAGGCGAGUCUGAACGAACUACAGGCCGUUAACGGCUCUCCUAUAUUUUUAUACCUCGUGGCUCCAGAAUUGAGAGCUGAAAAUAUGGCACAGGUAGAGAAAGCUAGCGGUGCGGAGGAAGUGCCAAAUGUGAUAAACGAUGAUUCAGGUACGUCUACGGAAGUAUUGCAGAUCGUGGAAGAAGAUCACGAAGAAGUCGAGGAACCUCAGGGGACAGAGGAGAGAGACACACCAGUGGAAGUAAAGAUGGACAGGUACGAGGAAUUAAUUUCUUUGGAAAAUUGCGACGUCAUACCAAACUCCGAACCGAUAGAAUGUCCCGUAUGCUUCGUUACAUACGGCCCUCGCGAAGGAGUAAUUUUGAGGGACUGCUUACAUAUUUUCUGCAGGUCAUGUAUUGCUAAUACGAUUCGAUACUGCGAAGAAGCCGAAGUGAAAUGUCCUUACAGAGACUCGCAAUACACCUGCGAGUCGACUCUCCAGGAACGUGAAAUUAAAGCUCUCGUCGAACCGGAAGUCUAUCAGCAACAUCUAGCGAAAUCAAUCGCUCAAGCGGAGAAUAAUGCUGGAAACAACGCGUUCCACUGUAAAACUCCAGACUGUCCUGGUUGGUGUAUCUACGACGACGAUGUAAACAACUUCCUCUGUCCUGUGUGCGGUGCAAACAAUUGUCUCACUUGUCAGGCCAUUCAUGCUGGUAAAAACUGCAAGCAAUACCAACAAGAGUUAAGACUAUCGAAAGAAACGGAUCACGAGUCGAGAAGAACAGCCGAGAUGCUGGAGGAAAUGGUGGACAGGGGUGAAGCACUCGCGUGUCCCACGUGUGCAGUGGUAUUGAUGAAAAAGUGGGGUUGCGAUUGGUUACGCUGUUCAAUGUGCAAAACCGAGAUAUGCUGGGUAACAAGAGGCCCACGUUGGGGUCCAGGAGGAAAAGGGGACACAACCGGGGGCUGUAGAUGCGGAGAAAAUGGAGUCAAGUGUCAUCCUCGUUGCAAUUACUGUCACUGAGAACCAUCAAAAGAUACAAUUACCGCAACGACGUACGACCAACGGUGUAUACAAUAGAAGGAAAUGCAGUGCACCCUGAGCCAAAAUAUUUUUAUAACGUUAUCAACGAUCCCGUGCAACGGGAGAAACCACUAGUCAAAGCGUCCAAAGGCUUGAUAUGUAUUUAAUAACGAGUUUGAUAACCGAUAAAACUGGUACUGAUAAGUUACAUACGUAUUCGUCACAUACGCUGCUUGCUCAACGAUUAACCUUAUCGCGGAACCGUCCUUCAUGGAAUUGGAAGUAAUAAAAAUAAUAAGAGACCUCAGA